CCAAUUUUGUCCAUAGAAACUCAGGUCAAAACUAGAAUUCUAACUUUGUCCGGGCGAAAUUAGAAUUCCAAUUAUGUCCAGACAAAUUCGGAAUUUGACCGAAUUCUAAUUUUGUCCGCAACAUAUACGUACUCUUUCUUUCUUUUAACUAUUCACAUAGACGGAUUCAUGUUAUCUACUUCUUUAUGCACAUUCACGCGACAAGUUUAUUUUUCAAAGACGCAAGAGACCAAAGUCCAUGCCUCUUUUUGACUAAGCCGUUAAAUGUGCACACCAAAACAAUGAAUCAUCUCCUUUUAGAAAAAAGAAAACAAAAUGCACCACGAAUUUCGAGUAAAAACCUAAUAUGAAAAUACUUUUUACUUGCCCAGCUACGCAAAUGAAAUUCACUGCUCACUUAUAUGAGCAAACAUAUCUACUGCAAUAGUACAUCGGGUCAAACGUGUUUGCUCACAAUUUCAAUUUCAAACAAUUCUCACAUUGUCUUUAAAAAUAAUAUCUAUCCUUUUUUCUUAUCUGUAGUCUGCAGCGGCACGUCAAACGACUUCACAAAGCUCACUGCCGAUUAUUUCCGGUUUAACACAAUCGAAUUUAAAAGCGAAUCCUUUAAGUUUACGUGUAGUUGGUGCAUUAAAUGGUUUAAAUAUUCGGCUCACGAACAAUUUACAUCAGAUUGCAAAUCCUAUGAUUGCAACAUCAAUUGUGCCUUUUCGUUUCGUUAAUCUACAAAAUCAAACAUUGACUAGUAGUCAGCCGAUAAUUAUUCGAGUUAUGAAUUCAUUGUCUUUGACUUUAAUCAAAGAAGAUUGA